UGCGCGAAGCUGGCAGAAUCAUCGAACGAGAGAGGAUACAGUCCUGCGUGUGUCGUUAUGUAAAAGAUAUUCCCACAGCCAUCCACCCCUCCGAGUUCCUUGAACGGUGAACACUUCGUGUAUGGGCUGAUAUAGUUGCGUUCGCACUAUCGGAGUAGUACGCGUACUAUAAAAGUGGCUGUAAGAAAGAUCAGUGAGCGAAUCUGCAGGGCCACUCUAAGUGAAGCGGUGUCCGAUGUGUAAGUUUAAAUUGUGCUUCGAUCCGGUUCGUUGAGAGAAUUUUUAGCCAAUCUUCGAUGGAACUGCAAUUGGUGUUCUUCGCUUAUGUCGUGGAUACUAACGAACUUUACGACGUGCAAUUCAAACACAUUUCACGGGGCUGCGGCCGUGGCGAAGGAAUAUGCUUAGGAUUAAAGGAGGUCCGCAUAAAAAUUCCGGAGGCUGUAAGGAAGGGUGAUUCAGCGAUAUUCGAAUGCUUGUAUGACACAGAGGGCGAUAUCCUCUAUGCCGUCAAGUGGUAUAAGGGUCGGAGAGAGUUUUACCGCUACACCCCCAACGAGAGCCCUGCAAUUAAGACAUUUCCAAUCGGCACUCUGAGUGUCAACAAAAACGAAAGUAACGCUAACCAGGUUACGGUUACUGGAUUAGACUUGGAUGCUGCAGGUACAUACAGCUGCGAAGUGUCGGCUGAUGCACCUUCUUUUCAUACUGCAAUCGUUUCUGCAAAUAUGAAUGUUGUCGAAUUGCCGCAGAACCGUCCUUCCAUACACGGUAUGAAGCGAAAAUAUCGCGUGGGAGAUAUUUUGCGAGGAAAUUGUACUUCCGAUGGCAGUAAACCAGCCGCGAACUUAACGUGGUAUAUUAACGACCAUCAGCCGUUAAGUUCGCAAACACGGUACUACAAUCCCCAAGAUUCGAAUAUUGCCGAUCAACAGUACUCGGCAAUUGGAGUGCAAUUUCUUGUUACUCCGGAACACUUUGCCACUGGAAAGCUGAAAGUGCGCUGCAGUGCGUCAAUAUACGAAUUGUACUGGCAAAGCACGGAAGUCAGUGCUGAGGAGGAUCGUCCAAGAGUGAGAAAUUUUGAGCCCGCUGCUACCAUAGUUGGAAUAAAUUACCUUCAACCGCCUCCGAACUUGCAAACGGGACAGAGAAAACCCGACGGCCAGGCGGAUGUUAAAGGUCACAACCGUCCGAGCCAGACAAAGAGUACGAAAGAAGCUAUAUGAAAUCUAAAACUGUUUGAGCAUAUUUAUCCAUCAAACUGCUGGACCGAAAAGUUUUAUUGUACAGCGAGGAGUUUGGGCUGACUCAUUCAGCACAUUACGAUGAGCCUUCAUAGUGCAAAUAUUUCUGAUUCCCAUCCAAGGAACCAGGCAUUCAUUCGUAAGCUCGUUGAUCGAUCCGUGCGUUUCUUCAUAUCUUAACCAUACAAACAGAGUCCGAAUCGUCAGAUAAUACGUGGAUGUUCUUUUUGUCCCACAACUCAGCUGAAUUCUGAGUCUGUAUAAUAUAUUUUCUUAGGUUAGGGUUUACAGAAAUUUUGUGCGUCGGAAAAAGUAUUUUAUUUCAUUAGAAAUUUGAUUUUAGUUACAUGCGUAUGAAAGCUACUACGCUUAAAAAUAGAAGAAAGAGAAGUGAAUUCGGAAGGAGCUAGCAAGGAUGAUAAUUGCUAGAAAGAAGACGACCCGAGACAUGGGCAUAAACUAUGAAAGUCGUUAGAUUUUCUUCAACCUAUUCGACGCAGCUGAAUUGAUAAGAAUAUUAAGUCAAUCGAAUUGACACGGGUCGAUCUUUUGAUUUCAAUUCAGGGAAACGACACCUUAAAUACUCGCAAUCUUAGCUAUACAUAUAGGAUCCGUAAAUACAUGAAACGCCAUCUGAUGGUAGUGAAUAUAUCACACUAAUAGAGCCAUAUUUAAUUAUAGAGGUAGUUUUUUAUUACGCGUUUUACUCUAUAUUGGCUUAAUGUUACAAAUUUCAAGUCCAACAGCUUGCACGAUGUUUUCUGUGCCCUAAUUUCUGUAAAAUUCACUUAAAAUGAUCAGCUGAUUACUCACUUCCGGCGCCAUAUUGCCGUUUUAACCACGCCCCAAUUAAGGAUACCAUCAGACGCACAAAGAUACCCAAUGGAGAGAUUGUAA